AUGUCCACGGAGGGUUUGGCCCCGAACGAGCGCAAUGAGCGCCCGGAGCAGACAACACGGGCAAGAGAUGGCUCCGAUCAGUCGGACAGGACGCCCACGACCGAGGUGCCUGUCUCGGUCAAGGUGUCUACACCCACAGCUGUGAAUCAAGAGGCUGUGAAGAAGGACUCGGCAAUGUCCAACGACUACUUCACCAUCAACCCCGCCGCUUACGAGCAACAUACCGAGCUUGCGAACUCCUACAAUGCGUCACCAAAGGCCAGUGUCAGCGCGAGUGAUGUUCCGGCGACAAGACAAAUACGGCUGCCGGAUACGUUGACCGCACUGCCCUCUGAACGCCCACAGCUGUAUUCGUCACAGUCGGCCAUGAGUGUCCAGACCGUAUCGAGCGUCGCUACAGUCACCGCUGCGAGCUCAGCACCUGCAUUGUAUGAUCCAGCGCAGAACCCACGGCCAGCAUACCCAAACCAAUCCUACGCUGCCCUGCACCACCAGCAAUAUCCGACCCCGCACCCGCCGCCUCUUCUUAAGCAGAGGAGUGCGCAUCCCGGCCAGAUUGCGACCUUCACCUCUGCGCUUGCUUCGCUGCACCAGUCUGGCUCGCGCACUGUGGGCAGCUCGCCGUCCGUUACGCCUGGCCAAGGCCUGUUUAGGCCACAGAGUCCGCCACCGUACUCUGAGUGGGAUGCGCCUGCAACGCCUGGGACCUACGCCAGCCCUUUCUUGCAUUUCACGCAACGGGUACCGCCAAAGGAAACCCAUGUCGCCGAUGUCGACGUCGACCCCAUCUCAGGCCGGAAGCUCAUCAACCACUACGAGAUUAUUGACGAGCUAGGACGAGGCACGCACGGCAAAGUCAAGCUCGGCCGCGAUCUUGAGACGUCCACCGAUGGUUAUGUUGCCAUCAAGAUCGUCGAGCGAUUCUCGAGACGGCGAAAGCUUGGCAAGCUCGGCACUACAGAGGACAAGGUCAAGAAGGAGGUCGCUAUCCUCAAGCAAGCACGACAUCCCAACGUGGUAGGAUUGUUGGAAGUGAUCGAUGAUCCAUCGCGAAAGAAAGUCUACAUCGUGCUUGAGUGGGUUGAGCGCGGUGAGAUCACAUGGCGCAUCAAGGCACCCAAGGAGAUUGCAGUGGUUGAAGCCCGACGUUACGAACGCGAGAAAGACGGCCAUACGAACUCACAAUUGGACGCUGAAGAUGCAGCGAUAUUGGCGGAAGCGCAGAAACGGCUGUCUCGGAUGAGAAGGAAGCAGCAACGAGCAUUCCGUCAAUUGCGCCUUGACGUGUCCAACAAUCCUGAGGCUUGGAGCAAUGAGAUGGCAGGAGAUGAUUUGAGCGAUUUCUCUGAUGAUGACAGGAUGUCGCGAAUCUCGACGGAGUCUCAUACCAGCAGACUUAUGGUCGACAACGCGCGACGCGCCUCGCGAACACCAUCGCCGCUACCGCCACAUCCUGAACAUGAAAUGGAGCCUGCCACUCCAGUAGCUGAGCAACAACCGUCCUACUUGUCGCUCACGAACGAACCGCAGACUCUGUCACCGACCACAUCGAGGAGGGACUUUGGCGAGUUCAGCAACACUGGGUUAGAGGGUACGAUCCUGCAUUCAUCUACAUCCUGGCCGAGGCCACAGCAUGGCAGCUCGGACAGUCUCCCAAGGACACCUGCAGAGAUACUGGAUGUUGGGUUAGAUCCCGAUCUUGAGUACGUCCCGCUCAUGACUCUGCAGCAGGCCCGCGUCGCUUUUCGAGACACACUGCUGGGGCUGCAGUACCUGCACUACCAGGGCAUCGUGCACCGAGACAUCAAGCCGCCGAAUCUGCUCGCGACAAAGGAUCAUCGAGUCAAGAUCUCUGACUUUGGCGUCUCCUACCUCGGCAAGCCAAUCUACGAAGGCGAAUCCGGUGAAGGUGUCAGCGAGCACGAAACGCAGGAUCUGGCUGACGAGGCGAGGGAGCUCGCGAAGACGGUUGGCACGCCAGCUUUCUACGCUCCAGAGCUGUGCAGCACCGACAUCAGCGACAUGCCAUUGCCGGUCACCAAGGCCAUUGACGUGUGGGCACUCGGCGUCACUCUCUUCUGCAUGCUCUAUGCUCGGACGCCAUUCGUUGACAAUGAAUUUGUGGUCAUGCGGCAGAUCGCCGAAGAGGAGAUCUACAUACCCCAGCAGCGACUGAAGCCAGUGGAAAAGUCUCCGAGGUCGCGUCCGUCGUCGCAUGGCCGCGGCUACCAGCAAACAAACGGCACUCAUCGUCACGCCUUGGAGCUGGCCUACGAAGACAUUGGAGACGAGCUGUAUGAUCUGCUCAAGCGCUUGCUGACGAAGGACCCAAGAAAGCGCAUCACUCUGGAGGAGGUCCGUCAUCAUCCCUGGGUCGUCGCUGAUCUGCCAGACAAGAUCGCAUGGCUGGACGAGACCGACCCGAGCAGGCAGAGCCAGGGCAAGAAGAUCGAAGUUUCGAAGGAAGACGUCAAUGCCGCCGUCGUGCCAUUGCAGUUUCUCGACCGUGUCAGGUCCGGUAUCAAGAAAGUCAGCGAACGGCUUGGCUUUAGCAGCGGCACUGGACCGAAGCAUCCGAGUAGAGGUCGGGCUCAAUCUGGUGUCGCUGCUGGCCCAGGUGGUGUUUCGCCGGCGCCAUCAAAUACAUCGUCAAGCACCUUGGCCACUAAAGAUGGGCGGAGGCAGAGCCUGCGAGGCGGCGACGAGUCCAAUUCCACCAUCUUGACGGCGCUCAAGACCUCUCGAGAAGGAGGUGAGCAUCCUCUUUCGCGGAGCGUUGCCGCUAGCCCGGAGAUCGAUAAGCACGAUCCGUACUUCGAUGACUCUGCGGUGCGACCUGAAUCGGCCCUUGGCAACCUGGAGGACGUCGAACCAACAUCUAUACCACGACCGGGUCCGCCCGAGAGGGCUUCUACUAUCAUGGCCACCGGCAGCUCCAUGAGGACGCUGCGGCAAUCAGACUUUCGAAAAAGUCGAGGUGAAGAGUCGCCACCUCCUUCGCCGGGUCUACCUGGCACGCCGACUGCCAUUGAGACUGCAUCCAGCGUCUUGACUGGCGGAUGGGGUUCGGGCGUGGCGCGACGUAUCCUGAAGACUGUUCGCGAGCGGAGUACCGCCCGCUCUGACACAAGAUCGGCUUCCAGCGACCGUGGAUCCGUGGUUUCCAUUGACGCUCACGGCGAGCCCAGCGUUGCUGUCAGCCAAACCAACGCAGCCGGCCACAUGAACCCACCCGCCGCGUUCGAUGAGCCAUCAGCACCGUCCAGCGCCCAGAUCAGCCCAGCUGUCUCUAGAAGAGUGAGUCUGUUCAGCAUGCCGUCCAGAGAGCGACUGUCACCUCACGCUGCUGACGCGGGAAGCUUGUCACGAACGAGCUCGACCGGUUCAGUCUCCUCAAUGGGUAGACAAGCUCUCCACAACGCCGGCAGCUUGAGCCCGGGCGUCGUGAAGCACCAACCACCUGCCUCUAGUGCAGCAGACUGGCAACGUGCGACCGACGAGCAUGUGCGGAAGUUGAUCCGAGAGAACGAGGAGUUUGAAGAUGAGCAGAACAAGUUUGAUGCACGGACUUGUCCGCCUAGUCCUGACGAUCAGACAAAGCAGCCUUCUGACUCGAGACACGUGUCGGAGAUCGACAUCUCCAGUCCCUCCAGCUCUCGCACGGAACCCAGCCCAACGAGCAACGAUUCCCAGCUGCCCCCACCAACCCUCUCAAGCACGUCCGACUUCGAAUCGACCUUCGCCGCCUCGGCCUCCAUCUCCAACCCCUCCAUCCCCUCCGUCAUGUCCCGCGCCUCGUCCGUCGACCCCCGCGACGCCCUCCCCGCCGAGGCAGCAAAACACGACCUCAUGUCCUCCGACGACACGCUCAACCCCAAAGCGCCGCCGCGCUUCCGCGAAGAAGUGCCCGACGAGGGCUACACGGCCGACGACAACGUGCUCGACAGCGACGGCGAGGACGCGUACGACGACUCGUCCGACAGCGACGGCGGGCUCGUGAUGUCGCGGCGCAAGUCGGCGACGAAGGUGGCGCGGGGGAGCGUGGGGACGGUUAAAGAGAGGAGGGCGUCGGCGAGGGAGCGGAAGAGCGAGAGGAGUGGGAGUAGUAAUACUAUGAAGAAGGUGCGGACGCGGGAGAGUGAGGAGGAGAGGCGACGGCCUAGUGGUGGGGAUAUUAUGGAGGGUUGA